GGAAACCCCUCCCAUUGGUCGCCGGGUUCGUGGCUGGCUGGCUGCUGCUGUCACUCCCGGGCGGUUUCCCCGAGGCUGGUGCUCUGCUGGGGGCGGGAAGAAGAGGGGCCGGACUGGGGCCUGAGGAGCCGCCGCUGCCCUUGCGGCUGCUAUGACCAGCGGGCGCGGUGCCCUCCGAAGCUCCGCGCAGCGCUAGCCGCGGCCGAGCGCACGCCGCCGCCGUCCGGGCCCCAGCUCGGCAGCUUCCGCGGUUUCCUCCGCUCUUGCGCCGCCUGCGAGGCGAGGCGGCGGCAGUAUGAAGAUGACGGUGGAUUUCGAGGAGUGUCUGAGGGACUCGCCCCGCUUCAGGGCUGCUUUGGAAGAAGUAGAGGGAGAUGUGGCAGAAUUGGAAUUAAAACUUGAUAAGCUUGUGAAACUUUGCAUUGCUAUGAUUGAUACAGGAAAAGCCUUUUGUGUUGCAAAUAAACAAUUCAUGAAUGGGAUUCGAGACCUGGCACAGUAUUCUAGUAAAGAUGCAGUAAUUGAGACCAGUUUGACCAAGUUUUCUGACAGUCUCCAGGAAAUGAUAAAUUUUCACACAAUCCUAUUUGACCAAACUCAGAGAUCAAUUAAGGCACAACUUCAGAAUUUUGUUAAAGAAGAUCUCAGAAAAUUCAAAGAUGCCAAGAAACAAUUUGAAAAAGUCAGUGAAGAGAAAGAAAAUGCAUUAGUAAAAAAUGCGCAAGUGCAGAGAAACAAGCAGCAUGAAGUUGAAGAAGCCACAAAUAUUCUGACAGCAACAAGAAAAUGUUUUCGACAUCUAGCCCUUGACUAUGUACUUCAGAUUAAUGUGCUUCAAUCAAAAAGGAGAUCAGAAAUCCUGAAAUCAAUGUUAUCCUUUAUGUAUGCUCAUCUGGCCUUCUUUCAUCAAGGCUAUGAUCUGUUUAGUGAACUUGGGCCCUUCAUGAAAGAUCUGGGUGCACAGUUGGAUCGGUUAGUUGUGGAUGCAGCAAAGGAAAAAAGAGAGAUGGAACAAAAACAUUCCACCAUUCAACAGAAGGAUUUUUCCAGUGAUGAUUCUAAGUUAGAAUAUAACGUAGAUGCUGCAAAUGGCAUUGUGAUGGAAGGAUAUCUGUUUAAACGAGCCAGUAAUGCCUUCAAAACUUGGAACAGACGCUGGUUUUCAAUACAGAACAAUCAGUUGGUUUACCAGAAAAAGUUCAAGGACAACCCCACUGUGGUGGUGGAAGAUCUAAGGCUCUGCACCGUCAAACACUGUGAAGACAUAGAACGGCGAUUCUGCUUUGAAGUGGUCUCGCCAACAAAAAGUUGUAUGCUGCAGGCAGAUUCUGAAAAGCUUCGCCAGGCAUGGAUUAAAGCUGUGCAGACCAGUAUUGCUACUGCUUACAGAGAAAAAGGAGAUGAGUCAGAGAAGCUGGAUAAGAAGUCAUCUCCAUCCACAGGAAGCCUGGAUUCUGGAAAUGAGUCAAAAGAUAAACUAUUGAAAGGAGAAAGUGCACUGCAGCGAGUCCAGUGUAUACCGGGCAAUGCCAACUGCUGUGACUGUGGCUUGGCAGACCCUCGGUGGGCCAGCAUCAACUUGGGGAUCACCCUAUGCAUCGAGUGCUCUGGGAUUCACCGGAGUCUUGGAGUUCAUUUUUCAAAAGUACGUUCUUUAACUUUAGAUACCUGGGAACCUGAACUUCUAAAGCUUAUGUGUGAAUUGGGAAAUGAUGUUAUCAAUCGAGUCUAUGAAGCUAAAGUGGAAAAACUGGGGGUAAAGAAGCCACAACCAGGACAAAGACAGGAGAAAGAGGCAUAUAUCAGAGCCAAAUAUGUGGAGAGAAAAUUUGUGGAUAAGAAUUAUAUAUCAUCAUCACUUCCUGACCAGGAAAAAAAAGUUGCCUCCAAAAGUUGUGAAGAAAAAAGACUGAGCAUUUCUAAACUUGGGCCUAUUGAUCAAGUCAGAGCAUCUUCCCUAAGUUCAGUCAAAAGUAAUGACAGUGGGAUCCAGCAGAGCUCUGAUGAUGGAAGAGAAUCUUUACCAUCCACAGUGUCAGCUAAUAGUUUAUAUGAACCUGAGGGAGAACGGCAAGAUUCUUCUGUGUUUCUCGACUCUAAACAUCUUAAUCCAGGACUUCAGCUUUACAGGGCUUCAUAUGAAAAAAAUCUGCCUAAAAUGGCUGAGGCUUUGGCUCACGGUGCAGAUGUGAACUGGGCUAAUUCAGAGGAAAAUAAAUCAACACCACUUAUUCAGGCUGUACUAGGGGGUUCUCUGGUGACAUGUGAGUUUCUCCUCCAGAAUGGUGCUAAUGUGAACCAGAGAGAUGUACAAGGGCGGGGACCAUUGCACCACGCUACUGUCUUAGGGCACACAGGGCAGGUAUGUUUGUUCUUAAAACGAGGUGCCAAUCAACACGCCACUGAUGAAGAAGGGAAAGAUCCUUUAAGUAUCGCUGUGGAAGCAGCCAAUGCUGAUAUAGUGACACUGUUACGUUUAGCAAGAAUGAACGAAGAGAUGCGGGAAUCAGAAGGACUUUAUGGACAGCCAGGUGAUGAAACUUACCAGGACAUUUUUCGUGAUUUUUCCCAAAUGGCAUCCAAUAAUCCAGAGAAACUAAAUCGUUUCCAGCAAGAUUCACAGAAAUUCUGAUUUUUUUUUUGAGAAGGGAAUAUAUUAAAUCUGGGAUUCCCUAGUGUGUACAUCAAAAAAAAAUCACAAACUUUAUUGCUUUAAUUCUACUUACUUAGUUUUAGUAGAUAUUUAAGAGGUUUGGAAAAAAUAAAGGUACCCAUUCACUGAUAUUUUUAUAUAAAAACAGGUUUCUAGUACUUGUGAGAGUAACUUACUUUAGAACUUCAUAUAUAUAUAUAUAUAUAUAUAUAUAUAUAUAUAUAUAUAUACACACACACACACACACACACACACCAGUUUAAAGGGAUAUUUUAUUUAGAUUUAGACCCUCUUUAAGUGACAAGAUGCAGAGUGUAGACAAAAACCGUUUUUUUUUUUUUUUUCUUGGCCAAUGACUUUUUUCCAUCAUUCAUUCCGGCUUAUCUGCAUUAAGUAGGAGCUUACUAUCCUGCCUUCCUUAAGAACAUCUUUUCUUGUUUCCCUUAUAUGUGUUGGUGCAUAAAGAGGGUUUUUAUUUUUGUAGCCUAGCUAUCAUAUACACAAUAUGAGAUUUAAUUAUUAGCUUAGAGAAUGUUUCUUCCCUCUCAUAAAUGGUGUUAUACUUCUCAGAUGUCUGUUAGUAUCUUGAAUUUUAACAUAACAUGGCUAUAUACAAUUGUAUAAAUUGUGGUAGACACAAUUUACUCCUUUAUAUUUAUUCCAUCACACGCAGAAAGAAGCCCUGACUUUUUAAAUUGCCAAAAUAAAUCCCAGCUAUAAAAGUGUUGGUUCUGGGAGUUGGGUGGUAGUGCAGCGGGUUAAGCACACGUGGCACAAAGCGCAAUGACCAUUAUAAGGAUACUGGUUCUAGCCCCCGGCUCCCCACCUGCAGGGGAGUCACUUCACAGGCGGUGAAGCAGGUCUGCAGGUGUCUAUCUUUCUCCCCCCCUCUCUGUCUUCCCCAUCUCUCUACAUUUCUCUCUGUCCUAUCCAACAACAUCAAUAGCAACAACAAUAAUAACUACAAUGAUAAGAUAAUAAGGGCAACAAAAGGGAAUAAAUAUAAAAAAUAUUUUUUAAAAAAGUGUUGGUUCUUCAUUAUUGAACUAAUUUCCUAAAACCUCAGCAAAAUUUCUGGUGUAACAAAACUUUGUUUCAAAGGUUAGUUGAAUGUUGCAAAAUUAUGCUUUCAUCAAAAUAUAACUUUCUAAGGAAGAGUUAGAUUUAUAAAAUAAUAUAGACCAUUUUUAUAUUUGGAAUCUCUCCAUUUCAAAAUACAGUCCUUCUAUUGCUACUAGUGAAAGAAAAGAACUCUUUCUAAAAGAAGAAAGGAUGUUUUUCUAAAGUUGUACUAAAAUAGGUAGCAAUUUAAUUUUUCUGACAUAUAUCCUAUGUACUUAUACACAGUGUACAUUAUUUUUUAAGGUAUAGCAUCUCUAUUGCUUUAGUAUUGUUUAUGUGAACCAGCCACAGACCCUUUAAUUCCAAAAUAUUAUGGAUGCACUUAUUUACCAGGUAAUAUGCUACAGUAUCAAUCUGAUUCUAUUUUAGGCUAAUCUAGCUUGUCAGAAAUAUAAAUAAUGAAGUAAGUUACCAUAUGUAGUCUUUCUAAUACUGUCAAUAAUCAACUUUAAUCUUCUUAUACAUGUUACAUGUAGGUGAUACUAUUGCUGCUCAGUUUCUCAAUGAGAGGCCUUUAAACGCUGGUUAUCAAAUAGGUUGAGAAACUGUAUUUUCCCCUAGCAACUAGAGUUCUAUAAAUUGAUUGAAUGUCAAAUCAAAAUCUAAGUGGAAUUAUACUGAAAUUUACAGAAAUGCUUACAUAUUUGGUCAAAAGGCAUGUACAUAUGCCUAUUUAGUAAUAAUCAUUGUAUAUUAAAUGAUAAGAUAUUUAUGAAUUUUAAAGAAAUGUUAACCUCCAAAGUCUUGGUAUUUUAUUCAACACUUAGAACAUUAAAUGUUUCCUAUUCCAUUUAUCCCAGAGCCAUAGAUCAUCUGUUUUAGCAAAGGUUUGAUAUGUCACAUUUUUAUCAGGCCACAGUUUGUCUGAAAAACUCAAGGGUAAAGACAUAUGUUAAAAAAAAAAAAUAGAGGGGAAAGUUUGACUUUUUCCUUGGUAGUGUCUGUUUAUACUUUAAUACUACGUCUUCAUGAGUAAAUAUCCUAAUCUUUAUCCUAGGAAUCUUAAGCAGUUCCUUCAGGUCCAGACACUGGUCAUGUCUGGGAUCUCUGUGAAAGACUUCAGGUCAUGUCUGUGAUCUCUGUGAAAGCAGUUCUUUUGACACUCUUGUCUUCUGUGCUUGACUUGUGAUUUGUUAACAUAGCAAUAUUAGUGUCCAGUUAAAUUUAGUGGUUAGACAUAUAUCUGAAUUGAACUAAAGAUGAUCAUGGUUCUGAAUAUCUACAGAAAAAAGUAAUUUUUUGACAGUACAGGGAGUCUGUCAAUACAAAAAUACAUUUCUGUGAUUGUAUUUCUUGAAUAUGUCAAGACCAACUUUUGGAUUAAAUUUGGCAAACUAAAAAAUGCAAUAAAUAGCAAGGUUUUAGAGUCAAUUAACAGUCAGUUAUUAGCUGUGUCAACUAAUAACUUUUACAUAGUAUGAAACAAAUAUUGAGCUUUUUUGUGUUGUGAAUUACUUGGUUCACUAGGAAAAAUUGUAUUGUAACAUUAUGUACUCUUGAGCUUUAUAUUUCAGUAUGAUUGACCUUUGUUUUCUUUCCUUAACUGAUCUACUGAUAAUAGUUUCUGAUUCCUUAUCAUUAAUCUGUGUUGGCUCAUUAUCAUAAAAGUUAGAUUAAUACCAAAGUAAGAAUAGCAGGACUAAAAAGAUUUCACAAAAUCCAGUUUCACUAAGUUAUAGCUAGAAUAAAGGUCAAUGAGUAAUUACAGUGUGUCAUUGUCCCACAUGCUUAAGGCUUUAAAAAUUACCUUUGGUACAGUCCUUACAAAUUCAGAAAUGUGCAGGAAUUCACUAUAUUACAUGCCAUCACUGUAGAUUUUAAUUAACUUUAAUGUUUACUUUCUAAAGCAUUUAGACUUAAUUUGCAAUAUUCAGUUUUUCAUCAGUGCAUUUUGAAAGAAAAAUACCUUCACAAUUGGGCAACUCAAGUUUGUGAUGUAUUAAGCAGUAUUAAAAAUAUUUUAGAUAGCAAAAUAUGGUCACAAUAAACCAGAUCGUAUCUAUGACUAAUUUUACUACCCAUUUGCAUUCCCAUAUCCUAUAUUGUCAAAUAAAUUUUUUUCUGUUUGAUUGCACUUUUGACCAUGGACAUAAGCUGGAAAAAUGGUAUUUUUUUAUAUACAAUUGUAUGCCCAGAAUGGCUUCAGAUCUGCAUUAGAAGGUAGAAAGAGCACCAAAUAGUAAUUUACAAUCCUUUGGGGAUUCAGCUCAUCUUGCAAAUAAAACGAGUGGACUGAAAAUGAGAUUGUAACAGCAUCCCUUUGCAUACUGUUCUGCUGCUCACAUGGACUUCGGCAUACAUUAUUUCAUCUGAUUCUCACAGUAGGACUUUUGAAAUCUUAGUCUAGGAGCACCAACAUUGUCUCUUCUUUAAUAAGUUUACUCCUCCUGAUUCACAGGGGACAUGGGUCAGUGGCUUGCUAGUUGGUGGCAUAAUCAGCACCCCUGUCUGACUGUUUAGUCCACAGCACUUUACUUACAUCAUGAGGUGAUUUAAAUCAUACAUCAUGAAAUGAUUUAAAUCAUCCUAAAGCAGCAAAAUCUCGUAAUGUCUGCCAGCUUUCCUUGUGUUUUGAUAACAAAGACUUCAAAUAUUUCUGGUGCACCUGAAUAUAAAAUUUCCAAGAAGGAAUAGAUUAGGACUUGAAGACUUUAAAUUGCUGGAAAUUUUAUACUUUUAUAAUGAUAAUUAGACUAGGACUUGAAGACUUUAAAUUGUUGGAAAUUUUACAGUUUUGCAGUGAUAUUAGUGAAAGUCAAACAUUGUAAAGGCAAUUUUAAUUCACCAUAUGCAUAUCAAUUCUUUGAUGCUUUCAAAUGGAAACCAACCAAAAGAAACUAUAGGAUUCAGUCAGAUUAAAACCUACAUUAUAGACAUUGUCUUCUGAUGUAAAUUAUACUUAAAAUGAGAAGGAGGAGGGAGAAGCAGUGCUCAAUUUAACUCCUCUGCCUUGAUCUCUUCACUAUUUUUUUGUAGAUUUUAGGAAGUUUCCUCAGUAUACUUCUCCCCACUUUUGAGUAGUGGGCUUAAACAGGGAAAGCUUGCUGCAUUAUAGAGGUUGUUGACUACGUUUAUUUCACACAAAAACUGAAGCUUAACUUUUGGAAAUUAUGAGCUACUUUUCUAUAUGUUUACUUGUACUUUGUGAUUACUUCUGGAUCAUUCCAGUUAUGAAGACUUAUUACGUGUAAUAUUUCUUGCUACCUGUGAAAUGUUUUUUUUAAAAGAAUGUAUAACCAACCUCCAUUUGCCCUUUAUUAGUAUGUAGAGAAUUUGUAUCUAAUUCAUGAAUGUAGCUUGACUGUAGUUUGUUAUUGUAAGUGAAACAAAGUACAUUAUCUUUAUAGUUAUUCUAAAAUGUACAUUAUGUAAGAAUUGUAAAUAUUAUACUUGAUUUAAUACUUUGUAUGCUGAAAAAUUAUAAGAAGUCAAUAAAAAUCUCACCUCUGA